AUUUGUCAUUUCAGGACAACCGAACAAACUAAAUACUUUGAAAAACGACCAGACAGUCCUGAAUUCCUGAUUGAUAAUUUGAUAGGUGUAUGCACGCAUGGCACUGUCAUUCCACACGCGUUAUAAUGCGAGCGGGCUUUUGAUUGGUUCAACAGACAGACUAAAGUUUCAUUGCCAGAUAUGAAGGGCUCGGCAGUCGGCAGUGAAAUAUAUUCGCAUGCAUCGGGCCCCACUCCUGACCCAUAUGAAAGCCUCUCAAACACGUACCCACCGUACAAAUCCCAAGUGUCAGCAUCCCCCUGUUUUCUUUGCUUCCCCAUUGCAUUCACUUGAUUGGUCUCUCUACUUGCUCUUUAAAGACAAACUCAGAACACGAUUCUCUCUGCAAGUGCAAAGACUCGAAAGCAGCAUCCCACCAUGAUCAAAUUCAAGACCUUGAGUCCUUACUCUGAUGCUGCUAAAACAGCUCAGAUUAUGUCAAAGUACAGACCCAUAGUACCAAAGCCUGAAGUUCCAAUCAAUGAGAGUCCAUCCAUGUCUCAGAAGAUCAGGGAAUCUCCUUACCUUAGGAAUCUCUGGCCACAACUACAAGCCAGGCCUACUAGAACCAGAAAGAGAGGCAGGGCUGUAGUAUCACUACCACCUACCAUUAAGAGACAGAAAACACAAAUGUUUGGCCUUUCCUCUCCUAGUUUUCUUGCUUCACCUGCCAAAAAUUUCUCACUUCAGGUUUUUGUUCCAAACCCUGUUGUGGCUGGUAACAGCUUGGAUAGUCCAGUGAAUAUUACUACUACUACUACACUAUCAAGUUUGGUGACGCUUCCUCUUCUUCCAUGUCCUCCUGCUGCUCCUGUUGUUACUGCUAACCAAGUAACAGCAAUUGAAUCAAAUUGCAUGGAGCCAAGUACAAGAAAAAGGGACAUAGACUUGAACACAGUGGCUGAGAUACCAGAAGAGAAGGAUCUCUUGCAACAAUUGCAAGGGAAACCAGUUGUUAUCACACCUCAGCCAGUUAGGCCUGUUGGGUCAAGCAUAAGUGUUGGGUGCAUCAAUAUGGACCCUAAAACUACUACCUCAUCAGUGCAAGUUCCAAAAAAACCAGAGGAGCUUGAAGAAGAGGUUGAAUCUGAGGCUUUACCUGCUAUUAUAUCAGACUCCUACAACAAAGUUAGGCUGGCGAAUUCUGCUUACAGAAAGAUGGUUGGGCAGCCAGAAUGUCCGUGGCUCGACUUGACAGAUACUGGCCCUGGUGAUGGGCAUUUGGGAGGCCAUUCUUGCAGAAGAAUCUGUGGAGAGGUGAUGCUUCAUCUCUCCAACACAAGGGUACCUGUUUCAUCAAAUGGGUUUUCAUGCUGGGUGAGAAUAGAAUGGGGACAAGAAAAACAGAAACGAUCAGUCAAUGCUUUCUCUGAUGUGAUCAGAUCAUCCUGUGAAUCUAAACACUACCUUUUCACUUGGAGGUUUCACACUCCCAUCAGGGAAGCCUCCCCCGUAGAGUACUAGUCCUGUUUGAAUAUAUGCUACUGUAGAUAUACUUAGUUUAGUGUAAUAUACUAAAAUGCACCUCAUCUACUGCUACCAUGUAUACAUAAGACAUCAAAGCUGAUGAUGCUAUAGGCAGUUCAUUGUCAAUGC